AUAAAUACGCGUUGGCUAUGGCUUUCAAAAUAGUCAAUAGCAAAUAUUUUCAGCACCAUGAUAAAUUGACAAUAUAUAUUCAUGGGAUCGUCAUGUUCUUUCAAUGACAAAUGGUGUGAUUUAGUAUUAAGAUUAGAAAAAUCAGCAGAAGCGAGAAGAAAAAGGCGCAGAGGCUGCACUUGUAUCAACAGACGACCAAAAUGUUUGCGGAUUAGACGAAAAAAACGAAAUAAAAAGUGCUGCAACGGAAAAUGCAGCUGUCCUAGCAACGGCACAGAAGUUCAGAUUCCUCUAAAUAUUGACACUAUAGCCUGUUGCUCACCCAGAGCUCAUAGUAAUUCUAAAUAUACCAACAAAGUUCAACCAAAAACCAAUUUGUGUUCACGUGGUACAAACACGUGCUGCUUACAAAAUCACGACAGAGAAAUUCAAGGCGCGAAUGAAUCCAAACAUGUUUGCGGUCCGACACAGGAUAUUGGCAAGAAUAUUUGCAGAUUUACCGUUGAUGCUUAUUUUAUGUAACUUUAAAAUUUGCUGGUGUGAAAGUUUAUGUUCAUAGUUUUUUAUUUAUGUAUAUUACGAUUUAUUGAAAUGCGUAGGUAUUUUUUUGU